UUCCGGAUGCGGGGACUCCGCCCCCUGGCUCCCGGAAGUAGAAGGGUCUGGCGUUGCCAUGGCGGCGUCUCUGGGGCAGGUGCUAGCUCUGGUGCUGGUGGCCGCCUUGUGGGGUGGCACGCAGCCGCUGCUGAAGCGGGCCUCCGCCGGCCUGCAGCAGGUGCAUGAGAAGACGUGGGCCCGGCAGCUCUUGCAGGAGAUGAAGACUCUCUUCUUGAAUACUGAGGUGCGUCUGUGGACUGCUGCUCCCUCGGAGGAGCCCACCUCCUACUCACUAGAAGCUCCUGGGAGAGACAUUUAUUCUCUGUGAGCCUCGGCAUUAUCAUUGGUAAAAUGGAAACUAUAUGAUAACCUUUGUAUAGGGCUGAUGUAAUCAUUGAGGGAACGGGGCAGUGGUGGCGCAUGCCUUUAAUCCCAGCACUCAGGAGGCAAAGGUAGGCUGGCUCUCUGAGUUCGAGGGCCAGCCUUCUACAGAGCAAGUUCCAGGACAGCCAAGGCUACACAGAGACACCCUGUCUCGAAAAACAAAACAAAACAACAAAAAAGAACUGAAGUAAGACACAUAAAACACUUAGCACUGAGCCUAGUACAGCAUGUAUGUUCAACCUAUGACUAGUAUUAAUGUUAUUGUCACCUUAUUAAUUAUGUAACAGUUGUCUUUUCAAAAGCUUUCUCUGGGCUCAGCUUGCCCUGGCAUAGAGCAUAAGGAAGGCUAUCGAACAUUGCCUCCAACCCAUGGCUGCUGAAGUAUGCUAGCUAGAUAUGCAGGACUCUCGGGGCUAAGGGGAAGGAGAGAGGUACAGAUGAAGUACUGUGUGAGUUCAGAAGAGAAGUGGAGCUGGAGGACUGGGAGGGGACUCUUGAAAGGAGUGGCACUGGCCAUCAAGGCCUGACAGGCAGUAGGGAAGAUGGGAACUGGCCAAGAUGAGGGAGAGGGUAUUUACAACGAGAGUGUGCAUUGAUGUUUCUCUCUUUGCCCUGAAAGGGUCCUCAGGUACAUGAGUGUUCCCUGGGCAUUUCUGUGUGUGUAUGUGGGGGGGGGGGGGCAUUUCUUUAUCUCUCCCUCUGGGGGAAAGGCAGAUGCUAGAACAGCAGUUCUCAACCUCUCAACCUGUGAGUCGAGACUCCUUUGAGGCCGCACAUCUGAUAUUUACAUUACAGUUCAUAUCAGUGGCGCUGAGGAGAUGGCUCUGUGGUUAAGAGCACUGGCUGCUCUUACAGAAAACCCAGGUUCAAUUCCCAGCACCGGCAUGGCAGCUCACAACUGUGUAAGUCCAAUUCCAGGGACUCUGACACCAUCUUCUGGCCUUAGAAGGUACUGUCUGCACUUGGUGCACAGACCGCUAUUCGA